AUGCAAUUGCGGUCGAACCGUGCUGCAGGCGCCUCUACCUUGUGGUACCUCAUCACCUCCAUGCACGUUUCCCUGUCGACGUCCAACCAUUUGUGGGCAUCCCGCCGUCUCUCACAACUGCCAUAUGGACGAUGA